AUGGAGAACGACUCAAAAGAAGAACUAAACAGGAGGAGAGAAGCAGCUUGGGCCGCUUUCGGGUCCCUAAAGGAAGCCACAGGCCAGUUGGCGGACUCAGAUCUUCAAUCCCGCCUGUUCGAUUCAACCGUUCUCCCUGCGCUCUGUUACGCAGCAGAGACGUGGCCUGACACUGCGGAUACGCCGAAAGCUCGAGCAACACACAGAGCGUACAAGCGAUGUCUAGUACAACCCGCACUCAACAUCUCGUCGGAUUUCGCAGUUCAAAUAUGA